UUUUAAUUUCAUUUAUUUCGAAAUCUUCGUUUAUAAAAUCCAAGUAAAAGUUAGAUUUAUUGGGUUUUUAAGAUUAAAAUCUAAAUUCUCGUUAUUAUUUCGACUGACCACUCAAGCUAGUAUCGUUAUUCUUCGGUGUAUUUAAUCAAACAAAUAACUAAACAAAGAACAUUUUGAAUUGAAUAACUCAAAACUUACUUGAAGAAAAAACCAACCGAAUUAAACCCCGUAACCGAAGAGACGGUACCGAAUACCGAAAUACCGAGAAUGGCCGGUUAUAUACCGCUGGUGAAGUGUCGGGUAUUGUAUCUGGGCAGUAGCAUACCAAUUGAGACGUCGGUCGGUUUGGAAGCUGUGCAGCACCCACUUCGUGAACGCUACGGCUGUAGCGACGUUGACGGCGGAAGAGCUAAGGUGUCAGGCAUAGACAGUACCCUGACGGUCUACAGUAGCGGGAUUUUGUUGCAAUACAUGGACGAUCCGACCGCCUGCACCUGGUUCCCGAUACAAACACUCCACGUCUGUUGCUCCGUGAAACCGGUCAGAACGGGAUACGGUUGCAAGUUUGUACCGACAGACUCGCUUGAGGCAGCCGGCAGUGUUGAGCCUCCGAUAUUUGCAGCCAUCACAAGGAGGGCUAAAGGAAUCAAAGUGUUGGAGUGCCAUGCAUUCAUCACCAAAACUGACGAAACCAGUUUCGCCCUGGUGCAGAGUUGCACCCACGCAUUUCAGCACAGAGAAGGCUGGCUCCAGGACCAACCACCCAUCGAGACUUUGAUCCAAACAGCCGCCAGAUUGAUUCCAGCUGAAAAGGCUCACAAAGCCAGGAACAAUCCUGAUGUUGGGAGCUUUUCCUUCCGAGACAAAGCUAAAAGGUACACUCUGGAUAAUCUGUCCCUUGAUGAUGAACCCAGGAAAAUUUAUUUGGAAGAUUAUAUGAAGCCGGCCCCUGAACCACCAAGACCAAAACCAAAACCGCAAGCACAACCUCGACCACCCCCUCGACCAGAUCCAGAACCAGAAAAACCCGCGCCAGCGCCAGCAGCGCAACCUGUCAAUCAACAACCCAUCAUCCAGAUCCUUCCACAAACUGCAAAUUCUGGCCCUCAAAAUUAUCCCCCCGCAACGUACUUCAUCCAAGUUCCACAACCUGCUGCUUCUGCUCCAGAGCCAGCCAAACCUCUACCGCCACCAAUUCAAGUGGUGCAACAACCACAGCAACCGCCGCAAAUACAAUAUGUUCAGCAACCAGCGGAACCAAAAACGCAGUACGUACAAAUGCUGCCUCAAGGCCAGUUAGUACAGUACCAAAAAGAGCAGCAGCAGCAACCGGCUAUGCAAUGGUCUCUGCAACCGCGAGUUGUACAAGUACCCAACCCUGCUCCUCAACCAGCUCCAGAAUCCAAGGUACCUCCACAAACGGUGAUCAAGGCAUAUUUCUCCAACUGGGAUGACACCCCGCAUAAGGCCGUCAUGGUCUCCCCUGAAUCGCCCUACAAAGAGGAACCCGCCUAUCCUGUCGACGAAGAAAAACGCAAAAAACGUCACCACCAUCACCACCACAAAAAGGAGAAGCCAGCUAACAACUACUACCUAAUAAGCACUGAGAAGCAGCAAGACAAGAAGAAAAAGAAAGUCGUGAAGAAGAAAGAUAAAGACGAGAAAGAAGAAGAAACAUACUACUUCUUGAAGAGGCCACAGCAGUCAAUAAAGAUAAAGCAAAUAGAUGAAUCAGACCCUGACCCUGCCCCGGCACCAGUCCCAGCACCAGCACCCCGAAAGUGUAAAGACGACGACGACGAGAUCAUAGUUUACUAUCCGGAGGGCGAGCCAGAUGACGAAGAAGAAGAAGAAGAAGAGGAACCUACAUCCACACACGAAAUUCGAUACGGAGAUAUGGUCCUUAAUAGCGGAUCUAACCAAGGCAACUACCCACAAUAUGGAGAUGAGGAAGAAGAAGGAGACCAAUAUGACAAUGCUUACUAUCCGCCGUAUAACGGGGGGGUGAUUGUUGAAGGGGGCCCAGGAAGGGGCAUGUAUCAGGCCCAGGUCGAUUACGGUCAAAUGGGCUACGAUUUUAAUGGGUACGCCCCUUAUAACCCGUUCACAAAGGGCAAUCCCGAUUUUGUUUAUAGAUACUAAUAGGAUGAAACAAGCGAAGGGUACGAAGGUUCAAAAUGAGGUUUCAUUGAGUGUUUCAUGGCCAGUUUAUGUAACUCUAACUGCUGGUUUUAAUUUGAAAAAGUAAUUUUUAUGUUAAAGUUAACAACUGUUUAAGAAACAGGCUGAAAAUUUUAUAAAAAAUUAACUUGAGAUAAUUAUUAAAUUUAAAAUAUAAUGUUUCAUUUAAUUAUCUGUGUUACUCAGUUGAAUUUUAUUGAUAAUUUUGAUGUUUUGUGGCACAAAAACGCAAGGAAAAAAAUUUAACAUUUAAAAUUUCUUAAAAUUAUAACAAUAUUCUUCUAGAUCUAACACAUCUUUAUGUUUUAUUCUGUGUGUUACAUGUUACAAACACACACACACACACACACACGCACACACACAUACCCUACACACACAAAAAACACACACACACACCUCUUUAUUAUUAUCUUUAUAAUUCAGCCAGUUUAUCGUUUGAUGUUCUAAUAUAUUGAAGAUUAUCAAUUGUUAUCUCGUAACAUUGAAGUAUGGUCUCUUUCUCGAUGUUUUUCAUACCAAUUAAUUAAUUAUACGAAUCAAAUAACUUAAUUAAUUGAUUAAUUAAACAGUUUAUUUAUUCAUUAAUUGGGAAUUAAUAAAAGAUUUUAAAUUCGACAAAAAAAAA